ACGGCACCGUCCAAACUGCCAUGCUUCUGUUUUUGUUAUUGUUGUUAUAGCCUUGUGGCAUUGCUACGAACGAGUAGGAGUUUUAAUCAAAUAACGAGACGUUUGACCUCUGGAUGAGUUUGAUCGUUGUUAACCGCUCGUAGUUGGAAAGAAAAUAGCUUGGACCAACUAAAAGUACAUCGGGUAUUGCACACAAGACUUUCUGGCCAUGGAGAAGGCAUGGAAGGUGGAGUUUCGGAACGUGGGCAGUAGCUACUUCCCUCAGAGCCGAGUGGAAUGCCACUACAGCAUCAGCUCUCAGCACAACUGGGCCAGCAAUGAUUGGAUCGGCCUAUUUAAGAUUGGGUGGUCAUCAAUGAAGGACUACCAUACUUUUGUGUGGGCUCUGGCUCCGUCCAACUACGAAGAAGGGACCAAUGUGAACUGCUGUGUCCACUUCCAAGCCUGUUACCUGCCGGCGCCCAGUGCGGAGCAGUAUCAGUUUGUGUAUGUGGAUGGAAAGGGGGAGGUGUGUUCUUGCAGUCCUGUUUUCACUUUCUCUGCGCCCAAGCCGCUGGAGGAGCUGGUUACACUGGAGCAGGGCGAGCCAGGCAAUGAGGAAGGAGAGGACAUGCUGCUGGUCAUUCCAAGAGCUGAGCUGCUGCAGGGUCGGCUGCAGGAGUGCCUAAAGGAGAGGGCUGAGCUGUUACAGGCUCUCGAGGCUGCUGAGAGGAACCGGGAACGAGAGCAGGAGCGUGCGGACAGGGCCAGAGAUGCCUGGGAGAAGAAGCAAAGGGAGCUGGAGCGGGAAAUCUCCAAACUGCAGGAGGAGCUGAGGCAGACCAGAGAACAAGUGGAGGAGAUAAAAAAGAAGCAGGAGGAGAUGGAGGCUCUGACUGAGGCUCUGCAGGAGGAGAAGGAGGCCCUGCUGGCUAAGAAAGCUGCUGGCGAGGAGAGGAUCAGCCAGCUGGAAGAAGACAUCAGGGUUCUGACCCAGAAAGGCCUGGAGAGAGAGACCGACCUGGAGAGGAUGAAGGAGCGAGCCAAGAAAGCAGCAGCUCAAAAGAAGGAAGAAGAGAGUGAACGCAAGAGCCUUAAGCUGAAGCUGGAGCAGACGGAGAAAGAGCUGCACAAUCUGUCUACGGAGUUCCAGAGUCUGAGGAGCUCACUGGCCCAGAGAGACACACAUGCACUACAGCUGCGAGACACCAUCACCACCCUCACUCACAAACUCAACAUUGCACACAGGAAAGAGGCGGCGAACGAGGUGGCUCUGGCAGAUCUGCGGUGUGUGCAGGAGCGGCUGGGUGCUAGUGAGCGCUGUGUGGAGACCUUGAGGGGAGAGCUGCGGGACAUGACCUCUCAGAGGGACAGUGCUCAGGCAGAGCUGCACCAGGCCAGGCUGCAGGCGGCUCAGCUCACUCUGCAGCUUGCAGACACCAGCCUGGCCCUGCGAGAGGGCCGCGCCAGCUGGGCUCAAGAGAGAGAGAGCCUGCAGCACAGUGCUGAGAUGGACAGGGUGCGUUUGGACAGGCUGAACGAUGAGAUCCAGCAGAAGGAGGAACUUCUGCAGGAGGAGAGGAUGGAGAGGGAGAAGGCAGAAGUGGAGCUUGGACGAGAGAAAGACUGCAACAGAGUGCAGCUAAGUGAGACUCGACGGGAGCUACAGGAGUUGAAGGCCAGUCUCAGGGUGGCUCAGAAGGAAAAGGAGCAGCUGCAGAAUGAGAAACAGGAGGUGAUUGAGUACAUCCGGCAGCUGGAGCAGAGACUGGAGGCGCUGAGUGAAUCCAAAUGGAGUGCAACUGCCCUGCUGCAAAGCAGUCGUCCAGAAAGCCCCCUGUCGGACUCAGAGGAUGAAAAUCCGGAGGCUCUGCAGGAGGCACACUCCUCCAGGGCUCUGAGCCACUACGGUCUGUGUGAGCAGCCCCAGCCUGACCUUCUCCUGCCGGCCACUCCUCCUCCCUCCCCUCGACACCUCCACACCUCCCAUGCAGUGGUCAUCAGCCAGCCAGCUCCUCUCUGCUCUCCACACCAGCCCAGCAAUGACACGCACAUGCACAGCUCCGAGUCGGAAGAGGAGUAUGAGGUUGCUCAUUCAGAAGGAAACAGCUCUGGAGAAGAGACAGCCUUGCUCCUGCCUGACCACAGAGACAACACUCUCAGUGACCUGGCAGAGAGCCCCCUGUGGUGAGGAGCGGAAGUGCCGAGGCGGGUCGGAUGCACCAGGAUGAAGCGUGUUACCCAUCUUUGUACAGUAACACUCUCGCCCUCAACGACAUACUGACAAACUGUCUGAAUAUGCAAUUUGCUUUACACUUUAUAUGCACUUUCUUUAUGCACAAGCUACUAGACCAGUCAGUCUCUCACAUCUUUUUACCUGCACAAAUCCAUAACACAUAUCAAAAGACAAGUAGAGGAGCUCUCGAAGGAGAGCGUAUGACUUUAUGAGUGGAGAAGACUGUGUGCGUGUGUGUGUGUGUGUGUGUGUGUGUGUGUGUGUGUGUGUAUGUGUGUGCACUUUUGUUACUACGUCUUUGUGUGUUUUAGACAUGUUAAGUUAGUGCUUAGUUAUGAAUUCUGCUUACAGCUAUUUACCCAAGUACUACCAUGAGGCUUAUAUUGUUAUACUGGUUGUUAAGAUUAUAAGAGCAAGAUCUAUUGCAAUACUUUUAAGCACAUUAUCACUGACAUUAAUAUAGGUUUGAGAGUGUAGGAUUUUGUUUUUUUCUUUACUGAAAAGGUUCUGGUGUCAGUAAUAUGUAUCAUUUUUGUAGUGCUGAUAAGUAAGUUAACAGCCGCCUAAGCAGGUUGUUGGUGUCGGAAAAGAGAUUGCAUGAAUGUAUUAAUGAAUGGCAGAUGAGGUUGAUUGAGGCUGAGAUGAUAAUGAAAGUUGUAAGAAGAGUCUCAAGUGGCACUUUAGAUUCCUGCAGUCUUGCCAUUUUUUCCUAUGAUAAGACUUUUACCUUCCUUUAUGCAAGGCUUUCUACUAUUAAACGAUAACAGUCA